CAUAAGAUUUCACUCCACGGUCUGAUCAUGAUAUUGUAUUAUCUCAGUCACAGUGACGAUCAAAGUUAUAUGAACGUCCAUUUACUGCAGUCAGUCGAUAAUGAUCUUUCGGUUCUGUUGUGUUUGACUGCAUCAUUAGCUUGCUGUUUGGAAGUAAAAAUUAAACACAGUGUACAUUUUGCUCGAAUACAUGUCUACAAAUCGGAUAUUUCAUUUAACGGUACAGAGAAAUAAUAACAUUUUCCAUUUUCGUUAUACCACGGAGCCAUUAUGAAUCUUCCAGCUAGGUCUACGACUAGGAUCAAAGGUCUUAAUAUUUUGAAGCGAAUGUGCCCUGAAAUACAGCCAUUACGAGCUCUUAGUUUCCUGAGGCAAACUGGCCCUGAUUAUGAUGGAGAGUACACCCAUAUCAUCGUUGGAGCAGGGUCUGCAGGAUGUGUUCUGGCCAAUCGUCUAUCUGCCCGACCCAGUAACAAGAUUCUUCUCCUGGAAGCUGGUCCUAAAGAUAACUCUUGGAAAAUAAAAAUGCCUGCAGCCCUUCAGUACCCUGUAAGUCAGAAGACAUACAACUGGUAUUACCACACAGUUCCUCAAAGGCACAUGAAUAACAGAGAGAUGUUCUGGCCAAGAGGUAAGGUCCUAGGUGGAUCAUCCUCUAUCAAUGCAAUGUGUUAUGUUAGAGGACAUGCUUAUGAUUACGAUAGAUGGGAACAGGAGGGCGCUUUAGGAUGGUCUUACGCAGAUUGUUUGCCUUACUUUAAACUGUCCCAGUGUCAUGAAUUUGGUGAAGAUGACUACCGUGGAGGAGAUGGCCCUCUUCAUGUAUCUAGAGGUACUUCAAAAAAUCCAUUAUUUGAUACAUUCAUCAAAGCUGGUGAAGAAUGCGGAUAUCCAGUCACAUCAGAUAUGAAUGGAUAUCAACAGGAGGGGUUUGGGUACAUGGAUAUGACAAUAUACAAGGGUUUAAGGUGGAAUACUGCAAAUGCCUUCCUUAGAACGGGCGAUGUCCUCCAGAGAAAGAACCUCACUGUACACCCAAGGUCUUUUGUUAACAGGGUUGUAUUCGAAGGAGAAAAAGCUGUGGGGAUUGAGUACAUUCGUAAAAAUACAACGCUGAUUGCCAGAGCAUCCGACGAGGUGAUUUUAUGUGGGGGCGCAGUGAACUCACCACAAUUAUUGAUGUUAUCCGGUGUUGGAAAUGCAGAUGAUUUGAACGAACUCGGCAUUCCAGUGGUAACUCACCUUCCAGGCGUUGGGCAGAAUCUCCAAGAUCACCUGGAAAUCAUACUCCAGUAUAGUUGCACCAAACCUGUGACACUAUAUAAGGCACAGUGGAAGUUUCCUCAUGUCAUGUUAGCGAUCGGUCUGCAAUGGUUUAUGUUUCAAACUGGACUUGGUGCUUCUAAUCAUUUCGAAGCAGGUGCGUUCUUCAGGAGCCGAGCAUUUAUCGAGCAUCCAGAUAUCCAGCUACAUUUCCUACCUUCAGCAGCCUUCGAUCACGGACAGGUUGAAGGAAAUUGUCAUGCAUUCCAGGCUCAUAUAAAUACGCUGAGAGCAACCAGCAGAGGUUUCAUAAAACUCAAGUCACGUAAUCCAAAGGAGCAGCCCCUGAUUGACCCCAACUAUCUAGAGACUGAGAUUGACCGUUGGGAGCUCCGAGAAGGAAUUAAGCUAACAAGAGAGAUCUUCCAGCAGCCAGCGUUCGACGAUUACCGUGGAGAGGAAAUCAUGCCGGGUUCUUCCGUUCAGUCUGAUUCUGACUUGGAUGCCUAUAUCCGAUCAACUGGAAGCACAAUUUACCACCCAUCUUGCACAUGCAAGAUGGGUUCGGAAGAUGAUUCCAUGGCCGUAGUUGACCACAGUACGCGAGUCUUUGGCCUAGAGAAUCUCAGGGUUGUUGACGCAUCCAUCAUGCCCAGCGUUGUCAGCGGAAACACCAAUGCCCCAACGAUCAUGAUAGCUGAGAAGGCAGCUGACAUCAUCCUUGGUAACAAACCUCUUGAGAGAAUCAACCCACCAGUCUGGAACCCUGCAUCCUUACAAACUCAGAGAGACUUUAUACCGAUGUCCUCAUCACAAUAACGUAUUCAAGAAUCGGAUUUAUCUGGUUUACUCAACUACCGAAACAUUAGAUAUUGUUUUAGUGCAUUCUUUGCUCUUACACACAAUAUUUGGAAAUUUUUGAGCGGUAUUCACGCAAUACUUUCCUUAGUUCAAAAGGUUGCCAAAGAAAGUGACCAGUCUUCUAGUACGGUUGGUUUGUUCAUAGAUUUUUCUAAAGCAUUACGGUUUUCGGGGAAAACCAUUGAUAUGGUUUAGGCAUUAUCUUAAAGGGCGCUCCCAGUUCGUUUCACUUAAUGACAAUUUCUCUGAUCACAAGCCUGUCCUUUGCGGAGUUCCACAGGGCAGUAUUCUUGGUCCACUUUUGUUUAUAAUUUAUAUAAAUGACAUUGAAAAGUCGUCUAGAUUACUUCAAUUCAUUCUUUUUGCUGAUGAUUCAAAUAUAUUUUUCUCACAUCAUGAUCCAAAACAAUUGACGCAAAUGUUAAAUCAAGAACUUAAAAACGAUGCAAAUUGGAUAAAAGCAAACAAAUUAUCACUAAACCUUGAUAAAACUAGUUAUAUGCUGUUUAGUAAUAAAGUUGAAGCUUUACCAAGUGAUGUAAUUUUUGAUGGUACUGUCAUCCAAAGGGUCCGAUCAUCUCGAUUCCUUGGACAAAUCAUAGAUGACAAGCUUUCUUGGAAACCGCACAUUGAUAAUGUCUGCAAAAUCAUUGCUCGAAAUACUGGCAUCCUUGGUAAAUUAAAACAAUUCUUACCACACACUAUUAUGCCAUCCUUGUAUUCUACAUUAAUCCUCCCUUACUUAAAUUAUGGACUUAUCGCUUGGGGUAAUCCAACAAAUUGGCUGAUCGAUAGAAUAUUCAUAUUACAAAAAAGAGCUAUUCGUGUAAUAAAUGAUGCAGAUUUCCUUGCACAUACAAAUAAUCUAUUCUUAAAAAAUAAAAUUCUGAAAAUUAAAGAAUUGUACACUUUUCAACUUGGACAGUUUAUGUUCAAGCUCGAUACUAAACAACUACCUUUGCCUCUAAUUGAUAUGUUUUUCAAAAAUAGUUCGAUUCAUAGUCACUUCACUCGCCAAGCAAACUCUUUUCAUUUGCCAUUGAACAGAACAUCAUUUGCUAAAAAACGUUUAUAUUUAUGGGUCCUAAACUAUGGAAUUCCUUUACAAUUGAUAUAACACAAUGCAAUUCUAUACAAAUGUUCAAAAAACGACUUAAAUUAUUUCUCCUGAAUUAUUACUAAAUAUUUAAUUCAUCAAUUUCAAAUUAAGCCUUCAGUGUUAAGUGGGAAACCUUUAAUAAUUUGUAUACACUGUGAAUGAUUCAUAUAUAUAAUUUUUUGAUAUGAUGCAUAUGAUUUGUAUAAUAAUGUAUAUAUUACAUAAUGUAAAUAU